AAUAAUUCUAAUGGGAACAGGUGGUGGUGGAAUGAAGGCCUAAUCCUUAUAGGAUUAGUUGAAAUAAUAGCAAAUGAAGCAAGUAAAAUCUGCAAAAUAUCCACCUUUUUCUGAGAAUGAAGUCUUCACUCUUUAAAAGAAAUUUAAAAUCCUUGAUAAAAAUUCUAGACAAUCUAUUAAAAUAGAGGAAUUUAAGGAGUUAUUAGAAAUCAGAAUGCAUUUCUUUCGAGAACGAAUCUACACAUUGAUUGAGGAGGAUAUGAAGAAGUAUUUCUUCAAAUAUACUCUUUUAGACGAAAAACAGAAACUAUGGAUUUCGCCACGUUUAUGCAAUAUUUAACAGUUUUUCAUCCAUUAGCAGAUGUGGAAUCGAAAAAGGAUUACAUGUUUAAAAUAUAUGACUUGGAUCAGGAUGGUAAAAUUACAAAGGAAGACUUGACAGAAGUGUUUAAGAUUUUAUUCAUGAAAAGUUAAACAUCAGCCAUUUAGAAGAAGUCAAUGAGACCUUAAAUAUUUCAGACCAAUUUUAUGAAUAAAGAUUACGUUGAGAAAUUGGGAAAAGACAUUAUGAACAUUGUAGAUGAUGACAAGUCAAAUUCAAUUGAAUUAGAUGAAUUCGUUAAAAUGUUUACAGAUACAGACUUGAAGUUUAGAAUGAAUAUCGUGUUUUGA